AGAAGUUUGAUUUGAUUUGGUUGUGUUCGGCUCUUAUAUUUGGGUCCGAGCUUUUGGAGGCGUUGGAAACCCCAGGCCGCAUUAUUAUUGUCACAAAAACCGAUCACUUCUCUUCUUCUUCCCUUUUGACGAAAUAAGGAAACUCUCGGAAAUGGCAAUUAAGAGUUUCAGGGUUUUCUUCUUUGCUCUCCUCCUCCUCGCCUCUCCUCUCCUUCAAGUUGCUAGGUGUCAAUCAGAAGCAGAGGCAGAUGUUGCCGAAGCUGUUGAAGGAGGUGAUCUCGGGAUUGUUGGUGAGGAUGUUCAGGAUUUUGGUGAUGGGAAUUUUGACCCAGCUCCAGGAGUUGAAACUGUCUGCGUUUUCCCCAAAAAUAGCGCCAAAUUGGUUCUGGCUGGAGAAGAGACAGAACUCCUUGUCGGGAUGGAAAAUGUUGGGGAGUCAACUGUGAAUGUCAUUGCAAUCAAAGCCAGUGUUCAUCUUCCUUUUGAUCAUCAUUUGCUUGUUCAAAAUCUUACAGUACAGGCCUUCAACAAUGCAACUGUACCUGCCUCAGCUCAAGCUACUUUCCCUUAUAUAUUUGCUGUUAGCAAGUACUUACAGCCUGGAACUUUUGAUCUCGUGGGUACCAUUGUCUAUGAUAUUGACCAGCACCCAUACCAAAGUACAUUCUAUAAUGGUACCAUUGAAGUUGUUGAGGCUGGUGGUUUCCUCAGUGUUGAGUCUGUUUUUCUUGUUACCCUUGGGAUUGCACUUCUUGUUCUCCUUGGUUUAUGGCUUCAUGGUCAGUUUCAGCGUAUCUCCAAGAAAACUAAGAGGGCCCCAAAGGUGGAAGUCGGAACUGGGACUACUGAUGCCUCAUUGGAUGAAUGGCUUCAGGGAACUGCUUACACUCAGUCAGCUUCCAAAUCAAAGAAGAAGAAGUAGAUGACGGUAUGCUAGGCAUUUGGAAAUUCUAAGUGAGGGCAGAAGUAGUUUGAGAGUUAGGCCAGGAAAAGACAUACCUCGCUGUUGUAGCAUGUGAAAGAAAUUUUUUUUUUUGACAUUUAUUUUGCAUGAUGAAACUGAAAUUGGGCCUUUUUGAAGCAAAACUAACUCCAGUAUGAGGCAGAAGGAUACGUUUUAUUUAAAACCUGAGGAAUUUUUUUAGAUCACAUAAUGUUAUCCUGCUCCAAUCAUGGAAUUUCCCUCUU